AUGGCAUUCCCAAUUCCACACCUUAUCUCUUCACCAGCAUCUUCAUUUCUACCGUACAAUCCUCUGUUAAACCUCACUCCACUUUCCUUAAACCCUAAAAUCCCGCCGCCGUCGCAUCUAAAUGUUCUCCACCACUCUCGCCGCCGUAAGACUGAUUCUAUUCUCCGAUGCUCGGCGUCGUUUUACCCGGAGAAUAACAACGCGAACUCUCCUAAUCAAGAUGACGUAACGGAACUCCCUCUGUUUCCUCUUCCUUUGGUUCUCUUCCCCGGAGCUAUACUUCCUCUCCAGAUCUUCGAGUUUCGCUACCGCGUCAUGAUGCACACACUCCUCCACACUGAUCUCCGGUUCGGCGUCAUCUACACCGACGCAGUUACCGGAACGGCGGAAGUCGGUUGCGUCGGAGAAGUUAUAAAACACGAAAGACUCGUUGACGAUCGAUUCUUCUUGAUCUGCAAAGGCCAGGAGCGUUUUCGUGUGAAGAAAGUGGUUCGGACGAAACCCUACCUUGUCGCGAGUGUGGCGUGGUUGGAGGAUCGGCCUUCUCCGUCUGCUGACGUGGAUGUUGACGGUUUGGCGAGCGAGGUGGAGACGUUUAUGAAGGAUGUUAUUCGGUUAUCGAAUCGGUUAGGUGGAAAGGCGGAGAAAGAGGUUGGUGAUUUGAGGAGGAACUUGUUUCCGACGCCGUUUUCGUUUUUUGUUGGAAGCACGUUUGAAGGCGCGCCGAGAGAGCAACAGGCGCUGUUGGAAUUGGAAGAUACUGCGGCGAGAUUGGUGAGGGAGAAGGAGACUUUGAAGAAUACGCUUAAUUACUUGUCUGCUGCUUCUGCUGUCAAAGAUGUUUUUCCAUCUUCUUCAUCUUCUUCUUCGUCUCCCUCUUGA